AUGCGGGCGGGCGAUGAGAAGCUCCCCUUGCGAAAAGCACCCAGUUGUUCUCAGCGCCUCCUGUGGGGGAUGCCUGAGGCAGAGCUGCUGCCCCGCGAGGAGCUCCCCAUUCCCGGCCUGAGAGCCUGGAGCACACGUGGGCCACUGCUGCCGUCCGCUGAGGCCAGGGCUGUGCCUCGGACAGGCGAGCCGGGCGAGGCCCCCUCUGAGCGGCUGCACGGGCCGGAUUCUGCUGGAGGCUCGCAAAGGCAGCGUCCAGACAGCAUUUUUCUUUGGAAAGAGAUGCGGGUGGAGAGCGUGGAGGAGUACGACUAUGAUUACCUCAGUGCCAACAAGACUUGGGUGCUGACUCCCAAAGCCCAGGAGACGGAUGCCACCCAGAUCCUCAACUCCCUCCUCCAGAACUAUGACCAGAAGCUGCGGCCAGACGUUGGUGUCAAGCCCACGUUCAUCGACGUGGACAUCUACGUCAACAGCAUCGGGCCGGUCUCUGUGAUCCACAUGGAAUACACCAUCGACAUCUUCUUUGCUCAGACGUGGUACGACCGGCGCCUGCGCUUCAACAGCACCCUCCAGGCGCUGACCCUCAACUCCAACAUGGUGAGCCGCAUCUGGAUCCCAGACACCUUCUUCAGGAACUCCAAGAGGGCGGACUCCCACUGGAUCACCACCCCCAACCAGCUCCUCCGGAUCUGGAGUGACGGCAAAGUGCUGUAUACCCUCAGGCUGACCAUCGAGGCCGAGUGCCUGCUCCAGCUGCAGGACUUCCCGAUGGACACGCACUCCUGCCCCCUCGUCUUCUCCAGCUAUGGCUACCCACAAGAGGAAAUAAUCUACCGCUGGAAGAGAUACUCCAUUGAAGUCUCUGACCAGCGGACCUGGCGGCUCUACCAGUUUGAUUUCACAGGGCUCAGGAACACGUCUGAGGUGCUCCGGACUGGGGCUGGGGACUACAUGGUCAUGACGGUCUCCUUUGACCUGAGUCGGCGCAUGGGCUACUUCGCCAUCCAGACGUACAUUCCCUGCAUCCUGACAGUCGUCCUGUCCUGGGUCUCCUUCUGGAUCAAGAGGGACUCCACUCCUGCCAGGACAUCUCUGGGGAUCACCACCGUGCUCACCAUGACCACGCUGAGCACCAUCUCCCGCAAGCACCUGCCCCGCGUCUCCUACAUUACGGCCAUGGACCUCUUCGUCUCGGCCUGCUUCCUCUUCGUCUUCGCGGCCCUCAUGGAGUACGCCGCCCUCAACUAUCUCGCGGGGAGCAGGAAGCCCGCGGAGUGCGGCCCCCACAGGCCCAGGCCGCCAGCCAGGCACGGCCGGCACCUGCCCUCCUACACGGCCAUCCACAUCAGCAGCCUGGUGCGGUGGCCGCCAGAGCUGAGUGAUGAGGAGGAGGAGGAGGAGGAGCUGCCCACGCCCUGCCUGGAGGGGAAGGAGUGCCGGCGCUUCUUCUGCUGCAUUGAGGACUGCCAGACCGGGACGUGGCGGGAGGGGCGGAUCCGCAUCCACAUCUCCCGCCUGGACUCCUAUUCCCGCGUCUUCUUUCCCACGGCCUUCCUGCUCUUCAACGUCGUGUACUGGAUCGCUUACCUUUACCUCUAG